UAGACUCGUCCGUGAUUCAUGCAUCCACGCUUUUCGAUCAUGUAGGGAUCUCCCUGUACACCCGAACCUGCGUCUACGCUUAAAACCGUCUGUCCAGGUGUGUACAGGUACACUCAUAUAAAACUAUCUCUAUACUAAUCUAUACGCAUAUGCAUAUAUAUAUAUAUAUAUAUAUAUAUGUAUAUGUACGUGUAUACAGAUGUACAUGUAUGUUUUUCUCGUUCAUUUGAGAAGCUGCAGGACUGCAGGGAAGCUGUUUCUUGUGUCGACGCGUCGAGGCGAGAGAAGGAGUUUGGUGUGGAGAAAUGCUGACGUCUUGAGAGGGGGAAAAACAUGUUCUGGUUAGAACGUAGCGAGGGAAGAAUUUCUGCUUCUUUCUGCCCGCUCGUGGCGGUCUCCGCGUUUCUCCAAGGUCCCCGCUGCGCGCGACCUCCUCUCCGUGCAGAAGCCAUUCCACUCCAGUUUGUCGAGUCUGCUGCAACCCAAGCGGAAGAUGCCCACAGUCUUCCAUCAUUUUCUCCACGCUUCAGAAAACAAAGACAGAAUUGCACUCACCGAAGCCUAGAUACAGGUUGCAGUGACAUAAUGGUUGCAGUGACAAGCCGCUCUGUGCCGAGACGUCUACGAGCACUCGCAGGGAGAGGCGAGGGAAAGAAGACGCAGAUAUGCGCGAAAAGCGGAUCGUUGAGGGGCAAACACGGAGCUCCAGACCUCGCUUCGCCGCUCUUUUUUCUCUUCGGCUUUCUCCUCGCUCUCCUCCUUUUGCAGGUUCCGUUCGACGACUUCUCUCCAGAAUCUGCGUAGCGAGAGACGCCAGGCGAAAGGAAGUCGUCACGGCGAAGCAAACUGUCACUGUCUUCCCUUGGCUGCGGGGCUCGCGCGUCGUUGACAGACGCUUCUGAAAUCAGUUUCCUUCUCCUCUCAUAAACACAGGCUCUUCAGGCUCUUCUCCUCGCCUUCUUCCUCCCUCACAGCGGCUGCGGCUGGUGGUGGAGUUCUGCGUUUGUCCUCUCUCUUCGUCCCCG